GCCGAACCACCUGCACGCGGCGUCGGAGGCCACGGCCCGGCGCCGCGGCGGCACGAGCCAGCCGUGCCGAAGGGCCCGCCUCGCGCGCUGGGUGGCCUCCGCGGCCGGGUCCCUCGUGCCGCGCGGCCCCCUCGCGGACCCCGCGGGCUCGGCCGCCGACCUCUUCGCCCUGGGCAGCCGCCGCCGUGGGGCGGCGAGGGCCGGCGCCUCCGGUCGGCCGCCGGGGGCCCGCGGAUUCCCCUGGGUGCUCAAGGACUAUCCCGGAGGCCUGUGCCACCCCGCCGACCCAUCGGAGAGGCAUACCUGUGUUUGCCAUGUCACGUCCCUGUUACAUGUGCUUUCGGUCGAGGAAGCAGCUUACCUAAUGCAGAAGCUGUUCGACUCCCAGGACGACAUCCAGCGCUUCGAGCAGAUGGCGGCCGACGAGGGCAUCUUGAACUCGGCGGGAUCAACCUUUGGGCUCGGCAAGAAGGUUCGCGUGCCCGGCUGUCGAGGGAGCCUGCGGGCGAGCGCCCCUGACCCAGGCAG